AUGCCAAAACGGCAAAUGUGGAAUGAAGUUAAUGAGGCUUACCAAGUUUUAUCUGACCCUGCUAAAAAGAGCGAAUACGAUGAAAGAUUACCAAGAAAAUCGCAAUCUUCCAGAAGCAAAACAAGUUACACGAAUAAUUCUAAUUCCAAUUAUACGAACACUCGAAAUUAUCCAAGCAGCAAUGAUUACAAUGAUUAUCUUCGAAGAAAGCAGCAGGAGGCGGAAGAGUUAGAAAGAGAAGCCAUACGAAGA